AUGUCAACAAACAAGGUGUUGUUGGUUGGUCAUGUUUUACACUGGUGCAUCCUAGUACUCACGACCACCGUGCACACAUCCGGUAUAGGAGAGAGCGGGGGACACUCGCGAAAUGAAGGAGAAAAGAAGCUGAAACUACCCGGAGACAUCAUCUUCGGGGGGCUGUUCCCCAUGCACGAGAAAGGCCCUGUGGGGAAAAACUGUGGCAAAGUGAAAGAAGAAAAAGGCAUACAACGGAUGGAGGCAAUGCUGUACGCAGUCGAUAAAAUCAACAAUGAUGACAGUAUACUACCAAACAUUACCCUCGGCGUCCACAUCUUGGACACUUGUUCUAGGGACAGUUACGCCCUCGAGCAGUCCAUGGAUUUUAUACGGGCUCAGUUUAACAACUUCGACGAGGGGAAUUACCAGUGCAAAGACGGACGCCUUCGUAAGUACGUGAAGUCAAGGCCUGUUGCCGGAGUCAUUGGAGCGGCGUCCAGUUCCGUAUCUGUCAUGGUAGCCAAUAUUCUAAGAUUGUUCAAG